GAAAUGGAAUAUCAUUGUAUAAAUUUUUUGUGGCAAUAAAUAAUCAUAUUAAAGAAGGCGGUAAACCUAAGAAAACUGUAAAUCAUCAGCGGAGAAUUUUCUUCGCGUGAGAUACUACAUAUCCUUCAGAAACGGACGUUUAGGCAGGUAUCGUAAGUGAUCAUAUUAUUGGUUUUAUAUCUAUAGAUACAAAUUUGACAGCCGAAUAAUAUUUAAGCACUAUCGGAGGUGAAAUUGUUCUUUAGGUAGCCAACCUAUAUCUCAACGCUUUGCCACGUUUCCAACUCAUUAUGCUUUAAAAGUGAAAGUUUUCCAAAAAUGGAUUGGAUGUUUGUGUGGCGCUAUCUCAAGUAUAUGCAACUAGCAUUACAGACCUCAAAACUGCAUAAAUUCGGAAUAUUCCACCCCAAAUUUUAGCAACAUUCGAGAAGAUUUAUAUAAGAAAUAACAACAAGCUAGACAACACCUGAAACAUUCAUUAUAUUGUACUUUAGAUCAAAUACAUCAUGUUUUGCAUAGUUUAGUCGGAAAACCAUAUACGUAAUACUACUAUAAGGACAGUUGGUUUGGGAAAAAACGUCCCUACGUUACGGUGCCGACAAUAUUCAUUUUCUCUCUCGUUAGAGAUACUUUAUCUAUACUGCGCAUUGAGAAUGCACAGAACCGAGCUAGAAUCCCGAAGGAUAGAGUAAUCGUUGCCAUUCUGUCUUCCUUAGUCGGAACAGCCUCCACAGCCAACCUGUACAUAUAGAUGUAUUACAUAUAUGCGGAAAACACAUCUUUUAUGAUAUAGUGUUGUAAAAUCAGAUUUAGAAUGAGCUUUUGAAAAUAUAGAAAUAGAGUGAAUGUUUAUUAAAAAUAAAUAGUACUAUGUUAUACUUUCGUCAAUCAUUCAGUAUAUUCAAAUUGGUAUUUCAACUAAAUGCAAUUCAAUAGUAUGUUAUUCAAUUAGCGAGAUUAUUACUCAUGAGUUUGAUUUUAGCAAUGUCCGUGGUGUAAUUCUUCCAAAUAAUAAGUAGUGGCCAUUAUUCCAAAUAGAAUACUAUUCUUUAUCUAUAACUAGUAAUUAUAAUUAAUGUUUGAGAGCUAACUAUUUUAUCGCAAUUAACACGAUUUGGACACGUGAAAAAUCUUAUAAAUUUAUGCUUAUCAAAAUUAUCAGAAAUCUUUCAGAAUCUAUAAAUUGCAAGAGAUACUAAAGUUUUUUAUUUCAAUAUGUAUAUAAGGAAUCCAAAUAUUUGUGAAUUCAUUUGAAUUUGUACAAAACAACCAUAAAAAUGGACCGAAUAGCUCUGGUAGCCGAGGCCUUUCUAAUUUAAAGUUGAAGAAGAACCGUACUGUUGAUGUAUAUCGAGUUAGAUAAACUAUAAAAAACAAAUAGAAAUUACUAAGUGGUAUCUAAUGGAAUUUACAGAUCAAACUUUCGUAUCCAAUAAUUCAUUACCAGUUUUACCAGAUAGACCUACAUCUAAUAUUCAAAGAACAUUGGCUGAUGUGAAAUCUCAAUCAGAAGCUGAUCUUGAUGAAGAUGAAGUCUCUCAACAAAUGACUCAAUCUUAUAGUGAAAUUUCAUUCAAAUCCGAUGUUAGCCCAGACAAUGAAAUACCGUUAUCUUCAACUGUGGAGUCCUUACAAAUAGCUGAUGAAAUUAGAAGACCAAUAUCUUUAUCUUACAACAAUCUGAUGCCCUUAACAUUGGAAGGAUCCGUGCAUAUUGAAGGAAAUAUGACUCAUUUUGUAGCUGAAGAGAUUGAACAGAAGAUUCGCUUGUGCAGCCCAGUGUCAAAAAAGGAUACUCCGGGUUCCUCAAGAAUGUGUACACCAAGUUCCCUAUAUCGACAAUUACUAGUUCCCCAAGUAGGUCAUCUUGAUUCUGCUCUUAUUAAUGAUUUAGAAAUUGAGGCCCAGAAAAUGGCAACAUCUGUUGAUAGCCUUAUUGAAAAUUUGUGUGGCAUUUUACAUUCUAUAUCUUCUAUAACUGCUGAUAAUGUUGAUGUUUACAAAAAUGCUGUUUCUAAGAUGUCUGAUGCUAUGGAUGGCAAUAUUAAAAGUAUGUACACAAUGAUGGCAAAAGCUGAAGAGGUAACACAUUCCAUGAAAAUAGUUGAAAAGCUUUCUGUUAGAAUCAAAGAAAUUAAAAGGCUUGUAGAUUUAUUUGAAAGUUUUGUGUAAUUUGUUUUUUGUCCACUGGUUAUUAUAUAUUAUCCUUUAAGUAUGCAGUAUAUGAAAAACUUCCCUACUUAAUUUUCAAUAAAAAGCACAUUUCUCAUUUCAAGAUGAGAAAAUCUAAAAAUUAAAUUAAUUACUCAUUGCAUAAAGGCUGUAUAUUAGGAUCAAAUCAUGAGCAAUCAUUGAUGUGGAAUAGCUAUUCAUGUUCAGUUUGAAAUUAGCAGUUAUAUAACUGUUCAUCUUUACUGACAGAAUUCACUGUAAUUAGAAUAAUAGGUAACUCAGAAUAUUACAGAUUUUUGUGUUUUAAUCAAAUUCUAUUUAUCAAAUAUUGUUGAAAAAAUCAUAGAAAAAUUAAAAAUUUACUGUUCA